AUGGCCGACGACACCGAAUACACCGAGUCUGAUAUUUGGGCGUCGCCCUCGCAUGACGCUCCUCUAGCUACUCGUCCCAAGACUCCCAAAACUCCAACCGGCUCAGCCCCCGCAUCAGAGUCUGUCAGUCGAGAUGACUUGUUGCGCAGAGAGCUGGAAGGCGUAAGAAGCGUCAAUGAAGGCGUUGAGGGCCUGUUGGGCACGCUGAAUCGAGCGGGUGGCAAUAUGCAGGUUGUUGCUAGGACCGUCGCCAAUGCAUCGACUUUGUUGGACACCUGGACGAGAAUACUGUCACAGACCGAACACAACCAGCGCUUAAUCCUCCACCCCGGCUGGAAAGGCUUGACCCAGGACCUGGCUGAGCAGGAGGCUGAAGCGUUGGAGAAGCAACGCGCUGCCGAGCGUAAAGCUGCAGAAGAGGAACAACGACGGGAGGAACUGCGCCGCCGAAGAGAAGAGGAGGAAACCGCUAGAAGAUUAGCUCCCUCGACUUCCAGGGGCACACGGGGUCUGAGAAGGACUCGGAGCCGCGGAGGAAUUGCUACUAGAAGUGGCACGACGGGGAGUCGUCUACCGGAGCCACCUACGUCAAGCUCAUCAAGAAGUCGUGGAACUUCAGGCAUAGGUCGUGGAAUGCGGACAACGCGAAGCCGCACGCGGGCGGCAAGGUGA